AUGACAGAGGCCAGAAAGCUGCCCCCACCGCUGCCCCCACGACUGGACUGGUUCGUGCAUACACAGGUGGGCCAGCUGGCCCAAGGAGAAGUCCCUUCGUGGUUCCAUGGUGCCAUCUCCAGACAGGAUGCGGAGAAUUUGCUGGAGUCACAGCCACUGGGAUCCUUUCUCAUCAGAGUCAGUCACAGUCAUGUGGGCUACACACUCUCCUACAAAGCCCAAAACUGCUACCGUCACUUUAUGGUGAAGCUUUUGGACAAUGGGAGCUUGAUAAUCCCUGGGGAGGAGAGGGCCCAUGCCUCGCUGGAUGCCCUGGUCACCUUUCACCAGCAGCAGCCGAUUCGGCCACACGGGGAGCUUCUGAAGCAGCCCUGUCCGCAGGAGGAUCCAGCAAACGUGGAUUACGAGGAUCUCUUCCUUUACUACCACACAUUGGCUGAGGAAGCUGCCAGCCUCCCCCCUGGCCCUAGUGAACAUCAGAAACCUUCCUCCCAUCCUGUGGCUGCACGCAAGGAGGCCUCCGCAAAGCUAGUCCUGCUCCAUCGGGGAAAGGAAAGGAAGUCAUCAGCAGAGAUGAACAGAGUGCCCACGGGAGAAGCUGCUUCCUCCUGUCCCCCAAAAGCUCCUCUGGAGGAGGCCUGCCAGAAACUAUGGAGAAACCUCAAAACACUCCCCGAGGCGGGCAAGAGGGUCCAGCAGCAGUUGAAAUCCCACCUGGCAACCGUGAGCUUGCCGUCGCUCCGCGACUCGGAGCGAUCAGAGGUGACUCACGGCUCCACAAGAGCCGAUGAUGCAGCCUGGGACACUAACGUCUACACAGACCCCUUUGUGGCUGUGUCACUCUCAGGCCCCUCACAGCCUCAGGCUCCAAAAGACAGAGAUAACUCCUCCAAGAAGGCCUCGAGGUCAGUCAGCUGGAGCGAGGUGACGCCAAGGACCAGGGGUUGGCACCAAGCAGUAGUGAGGGCCCUGUCCUCACAGGUAUCCAAAUUGGAGCAGAGGGACUUGGCAGAAGAACCCCCGGAGGACUGGCUUCCUGAGGAGUACCGCCCACCGCCACCCUUUGCCCCUGGGUACUGCUAG